CGCGAUGGUCGCAGGAAUUUGCGAGCUGGCCGCCGUGUGCGUGGGGCUGGUGGGGCUGAUCGGAGCAGCCGCCACCACCGGGAUGCCCACGUGGAAGGUGACGGCGUUUAUCGGCGAGAACAUCGUGGUGAUGGAAACUCGCUGGGAGGGCUUGUGGAUGAACUGCUACCGACAAGCCAACAUCAGGAUGCAGUGUAAGGUGUACGACUCCCUCCUGUUCCUGCCCGCGGAGCUCCAAGCCGCCAGGGGCCUCAUGUGCUGCUCCCUGGCCUUGUCCGGUCUGGGGCUCCUGGUCGCCGCGCCGGGCCUGCGCUGCACCUCCUGCUUGCGCGGCAAUGACAGAGCCAAGGCCGCCAUCUUGGCGGCCGCUGGCGGCAUGCAACUCCUGGCUUCCGUCUGCGUCUUCAUUCCCGUGUCGUGGACGGGCCACGUGAUCAUCCGGGACUUCUACAACCCGUUGCUGAUCGACGCCCAGAGGAGAGAGCUGGGAGACGCGCUCUACAUCGGCUGGGUGACGGGCGCGUUUCUCUUUAGCUCCGGCUUGUUGUUCAUUUGCGGUCUCCGGAUGUCGAACAGACGGUCCCUGGACAUCUACCACCCCGCAGGGCUGACAAAGCCCCUCCCGAUGAGCUACCAGCAGCCCGUUCGGAGUGUUUCCACCCUCACGCCCAACGGCUUCUGGCAAAGCUCUACCGGACAACAUCUCAGAGCAACAAGCGACGCCGUGGUCCUCGACACGCCUGAAAACACGUCGCUGUUAUACCAAGCCAGCAGGGCCCCGCAUUCAUCCCUGAGAAACUCAAACCCGACGGCGAGCAUAUACACGCCGGUCAACUCCUUGUACAUGAGCCAGAACAGCACGCCGUACACACUGACCUACAAUCCCACCGUGUCCUACCAACCCGGUUUCCGUCUCACACCUCAAACGCCCCUUUUCAUUCCGUACAAAACGUCCAUCAUGGAACCGCCGUCUCACAGCGGGAGCAGCCCGGGCGUGUACAUCUGAGGAAAAAAUUGCUGACUCGUUCACGUGAAAACACAAAACUUGGCUUUUUUUUAAAAUACUGAAUCCUCAAUGCUUCCCCUCGUUGCUUAGUUUCGUUGUAGAGGGGACCAAACCCUGGUGUAAAUUGAGAAAAUCCUUGUGUGAAACCCAAAACCUUUGUAAUUCCCUAUGGGCACCACAAAAUGGCGCCAAAGCGACAUUUUAUAUUAGACGCGGUUUUGGCCUGAACACAAAAUAACCAAUGUGACUUUUUCAGGAGAUAACAGAACACACAAAAAAAGUCAAAACUGCAAAUGCCGAACCACAACUUGGGAGUGGUUGACGCAAAAAAAAAAAAAAAACC